AUGAUACUCAAGUGCUUCUUGGCAGCUGUUCUCAAUGAGUUCUUCUCCCAGUCUGUACUUAUAUCUGGAAUUACUCUGACCCAAGUGCAACACCUUGUGCUUGGCCUUCUUAAACCCUGUCAGAUUCUCAUGGGCCCACUUACCAAUCAUGUCCAGGUCCCUCUGGAUGGCAUACCUCCCUUGUAUUGCAUCAACUGCACCACUCAGCAUGAUGUUAUCAGCAAACUCGCUGAAAGUACAUUCAAUCCCACUGUCUAUGUAGUUGAUAAAGGGAACCCUCGUGCCAACAAAGCAGCCCGGCAGCCCUCGCGAGAGCGGCUGAUGCAGCGCGUGGGCGUUGUCUGGGCAACGGCGGGAGAUUUAAACGGGCUCCAAACCCGGACGAAGUCCUUUGAUCGCCGGUCUCAGCUGCCUCGGAGCCGUCCCGGACGGAUCAGUAGCGACCGACCGCGUGGUUCAAAGAAAUCUCGAACGGUUCCUUCACUCAGGGAACCCUCGUGCCAACAAAGCAUCCCGGCAGCUCUCGCAAGAGCGGCUGACGCAGCGCGUGGGCGUUGCCUGGGCAACGGUGCUGCAUUCAUGCCCCGUGCCUCGAGGAGACAGAAAGGAGGGGUCGGGUCUGUGAACCACGUGGCUUCCUGCACAGUGCUGGCCUCUUCUAGAGUUAAUGAAUGCUUUCCAACUUCGUAUGCAAAGGGUAAAUUGCUCUGUGAUCCGGGUGGAGUACAAUGGAAGAGCCUUCCCAGCCUUUGUGUGUGAGUUUCCCUGCAAGGAGAUAAGAGCCCAUGGUGAGCUGAGAUAUACCCACAUCCCUUCCUGGCAGACAGAUUAGUUCACUGUGCUGAGAUCCAUGAGAAAAGGGAGGUCCCUGGAGUUCUGUAAGAAUUUCUGGAAGAAUUUUAAUUGCAAGAGGUCUCAUGGAGAUGCUUCUUUCAACAGAAUAAAUAAAAUAAUGAAAAGUUACUGUGAAUUUUCAUGCUUAUUCUGAAAGAUAUCAAAGGUGGUACUCCAAGAGAGUCACUUUGUUCAGUAAUGCAAAAUAAUAUUACUAUUUUUUCUCUAAGCAGAUAAUGUUGGGUCCAUGGAAAGCCAAAAAGGUCAAUCUCAAAUAUCUUAAUAAUAAGGUGGAGAUACUGGAAUGAAAGGAAGAGUCUGUUUUCAUAAGCAGUACAACUCAGAAGUGCACAAUGGAUAAAUUAAACAGAUCAUCCAGAUUAGGCAGUCUCACGUUUAGAUUGAUU